GCAACAUGGCUUCCUUUCUUUCCCUCCCCUUGGAGGUCCUCGACCGUGUCUAUGAAUAUGUCGCUUCAGGCUACCAGCCCAGCCUGUCGUCCCUAGCUCUCGUCAACAAAUAUUGCUACCGGGUCGCUAGUAAACAUCGCUUCCGACGUGUUACAAUCAAGGCUCCCCUCGAUCAGGGUAUCAAGCGAUGGACCGACCUCCUCCAGUCUGCGUCUGCCUUUGCCGACGUUCGCAGACUGUCAAUCAUGUUUCCGAAUGAAGGGGGAUACCACUCCAACCAUUCAUACUACACAAGCGACCUGGACGACUUGACUUGCAUCGACGAGUACUAUGAUCACGCAAUCUGGAAUCUGUUCAGGACGAGUUGUCAGCACAAGGAUGACAAUGAAUGGGAGUCCCUGGUAACCCUGGUCAGCCAGCUAUGCGGCCUCCAGGAUUUGAUCUGGGCCUGCGAGAUUCCGUUUCCGCCUCCACUACUCGACUUCCUGCAUCAGAAGUUACCUGACUGUAGGCUGCACAACAUGGCUUUCAGGCUCCCAAGUCUUCACUACCAUUCGAGCCACCCACAAGGCAUUGACAGCAGAGACUUUACCCUGGCUACGUCUCCAAACCUAACCAGUGCUCUGGUCCCGAUGUCACGUUACGACCACGAUGGCAACGUGGGAUAUGACGAGGAGGCAGUGAUGCAAAUGUCAGCAAAACUCGCACUAAACUUGCGAGAGGUGCAUGCUGUAGAAAGGCCGAUCGAAGCCUGUCUAGAGCAUGACCAGGCUGUAGAACGAGGGCGACCACCCUGGCAAGGUUUCUUCCCUACCAGCCCAACGAAGCAUGGAUCUGAGCCGCCACAGCAGGCACGCCUGCAACGCUGGGGUCUUAACCCUGCUAGAAUAGAUCUGUUCAGGCAGUGGGAGACCAAGCUCGACUUUUCUACCCUCCAGGUUCUCCAUCUCUGGCAGGUGGAUGUAAAAACUUUGCAAUCUGUUAGUUCUCACAGCUUGAAGUCUCUCAGAGUGCUGGCGAUAGAUUUAAAGUAUCCUGAAGACCAUGACAUGAAUUACAGCCUAGAUGAGGCUAUACGUUUGGAUGAAGCCGCAGCCUCUUUUGUCCUAGCACUUCCUCCUCUUAACAAAGUCCAUUUUUCUGGAGUACACAGACACGAGAACGCGUUUCAAACGAUCAUACAAUUCCAUGGAGCGUCACUGCAUACCCUGUCACUUAUAUCAUCACCAUGCUCUAGCCUACCAGGCCCUCUUAUGACAGUCAGUCGAGUCCAGCAGAUCCAAGCACACUGUCCGAAUAUCCGCGACUUACGAGUUCCUAUCUUACGCACCCGGGGUAAUGCAGCAGAAGGCGAAGCCACAAUGUAUCAAAAUCUUGGAGUAUUUACCCACCUUACACAUUUGGAGCUCCAGCUUCGCCCGAGAGAACCCGAUCCUGAGUCUCUAAUUGACGACACCGAUUAUAUAGAUCCCCAGCAAAUACCCGACCAGGAACUCCUUGUACGCGCAGCAGUGGACGAAGCACUCGCUCGAGAGAUCUUCACCAAAAUUAUAACUGCUGGGGCACGCUCGCUGCAAUAUCUGAGAGUGCAGACAUUAACUGACUGGGUCCCACUAGAUCUCGAGCCUAUCGCGUCCAUUAUGGCCCGCAAUUGGGAUUGCAUGAGAAUCCCAAGGGUCAGGAAUAGCCCCGCGAACAUCCAGGUCGACGUGAAAGAGAUCGGCGCGAGACUGAAAGAUCUAGAAAGGAGGAAAAAUGGCGGACCUAAGGUGAGCCUGGCCCCGUACGAGAAGAUAUUCCGCGAGCUCUGGCCUGUAAAGGGAGAGAGCUGGGAGGACGAUUGGCAUAGUUUUCCCUUGGAGGCAAAUGAGGGCGCUUGAACUGAGUUUAUGUCAGUCAUGUGUUUACAGUGUGUAAUCAUGGAGUAAGGAGUUAUUUUAUUCUAUCUGAUAUUUCUUAAGUUAGUUAAAUAGUAGUAGUAAUAAUCCAAUACCCUCUGC